AUGGGAAUUCAGAUUUCAAACCCCCAAACCAAACACAUAUCAAAUAAAUGCAUGAAGUUUUCUCUCCCUUGCUCAAAGUUUUUACGCUGCUUCUCUCCAUCAGAUACCCUGAUUCCAAAUAGAAGCCUUGACGGUGAAGGAGGUGAUGAGGAUUUCCGUGUAUUUGCUUACAAUGAAUUGAAAGCCGCCUCUCAGUCUUUUCACCCCUCAAACAAGAUUGGUGAGGGAGGGUUUGGUUCUGUCUACAAGGGCCGGCUUAGAGACGGGACGUUUGUGGCCAUAAAAGUGCUUGCUGUUGAGCUUGAAUCAAUGAGAGGGGAGAGGGAAUUCAUAGCUGAAUUAGCUGCACUGUCCAAUAUCAAACACGAAAAUCUUGUUAAGCUCAGAGGGUGUUGUGUGCAUGGAGCUGAGAGGUUUUUGGUUUAUGACCACAUGGAAAACAAUAGCCUCUCCCACACCUUUCUUGGCAGAGUGCAAACUAGGGUUAAAUUCAGUUGGGCGCAGAGGAGGGAUGUCUCAUUAGGUGUUGCGCGCGGACUAACCUAUCUCCAUGAGGAAGUUAAACCCCGGAUCAUACACCGGGAUAUAAAGGCGAGCAAUAUACUUCUUGAUCAGCAUUUCACCCCUAAAGUUGCAGAUUUUGGUCUGUCCAAGCUGUUUGGAGAUGAUGCUUCUUACGUUAGCACUCGCGUUGCUGGGACAUUAGGCUAUCUUGCUCCUGAAUACGCCGUUAGUGGACAUUUAUCACGGAAAUCAGAUGUUUACAGCUUUGGUGUGCUACUAAUGGAAAUUGUCAGCGGUCGGCCAGUCAUGAAUUUCGAUGUACGAUUUGGAGAGCACUACCUAGUUGAUCAGGCAUGGGAAAUGUAUAGGGCAAAUACCCUUGCGGUACUGGUGGAUCCUGUGCUAAAUGGCAACUUCCCAGCAGAGGAAGCUGUCCGAUUCUUGAAGGUGGGCCUUCUCUGUGUUCAAGAAAUGGCUAAAAAACGUCCUGCAAUGUCCGAGGUACUCAAGAUGUUAACCGAUGAGACUGACACGAGCAAUGUCGAGAUUUCACAACCUGGACUCAUCCCCGAUCUCAUGGAUGUCAAAAUACGCAGCCGCAGGCAUUCGGAGCUUUUCUCCAAAGGUUCCACCAGUGUUAGCACAAUGAGCCCCGGCAGCAGCUAUACCUAAGAAGAUAACACAAAGUAUGGACGAUAGAUAGUUUACAAACUGUAUAGAAUUGAUCAUUUGAAAUUUCUUUCAGAUUCGAGACGCGCUACGGAUGAUUGAGAAUCAAGAUUUCGUACUGCUGUUGCUUUAUUUUGUCAGAUUUGUGACGGUUGUACAUAUGUUGAAAUUGGAUUGAUAAACUUGUAAACUUAACCGAGUUACGACAAUUGUAUCGGCAAAGCAUUUUUCUGUUGUGCUGAAGUCACAAUUCAUCAAUGUAAUAAUUUCCAUUUCACUUCUUUGCAAA